AAACGAAUCUCCAGUCAUUUCUAAUUUCCUUCGAAACCAAACAAAUCUCUAGCUAGGUAGUGAGUUACGUUCUAAUUUCUUCCGAAAAGUGAGUGGGUUGAAGAUGUCUCUCAUUGCAAUAUUUGGAUCGUUGUUGUUUUUAAUUUCUGCUUUCUCUUCAUCAAAUGCAUGCAAUGGUGGUAAUGAUUACUAUGUCAAUGCCACUGUUGUCCGCAAUGAUCCCGGAGCCAGUCACGUGCAGGGGACCUUUCCGGGUAAUACUACAAUAAAAGAAUGUCUCCAAUCAGAGAACUGCUCAGAUGAUAUUAUUAAGACUUUACAAGAUCUUAGAUUAGAAUUCCUGAGCGUUUUGCCUAAAGCAAAUAGCACCUUACCAAGAGGGUUAUUGAUCACCUCCCCAACAAUUCAUGAACAACAGUCAAUGGAAUAUGGACAUGGUCGUUGAUAUAUGGGAGCAAUGAGACAAUUUCCAAGCUAUUUGGAGACUGGUAUUUUGAUCGGAGAAGUGUUUAUGUGAUCGAUAAAUACACAUGUCCAUAUAACUGUUCCCGAAGCUUGGCCCAAAACAACAGUCGAGCUAUUGAUAAGGCGCCGGGUGCUAUUUGCGGAUGGCUUGUAUUUAUCCUUUUGCUUAAUUUGCUUGUAAAUUAGAUUGUUAGUGUAGUAAUAUUUUGUCAUUAAGUGUGGACUAUAAAGAUUUUUUCUGAACUAGCUGCUAGAUGGUCAUAUGCAUGAAAAAAUAUGUGGUUAUAUGAAUUAAUUAACUCGAAUUUAGUAGACUAA